AAGGAAGUAACCGGUUCCGACAGAGACAGUCGUUUGUGAACUCGCGAUCUAGCGACACCGAGACAGACGAGUGUUCCACUGAAACGUGUUUCACGAUGGAUACUUGGACACUGUUGUCUCUCGUAGCUGGUGUCAUCGCUAUUUAUUAUUUCUUCUUUAAAGACUUAAACUUUUUCGAGAAAUAUGGGAUCAUUCAUAUACCACCAUGGCCUAUUGUGGGUAAUAUGGGACCAGUUUUCUUCCGUCAAUUGUCGUUGGCCGAGCUUGUCGAAAAAAUCUACAACCUGAAUCAAGACGCUAAAUAUGUCGGGUUUUAUGACAGUAUGAACCCAAUCGUGGUGAUUCGUGAUCUGGAGCUUAUCAAGGCCAUCGGCGUUAAGAAUUUCGAGAUGUUCCCCGAUCAUCGCGCUUUCAUCGAUGAAGUUAACGACCCUUUGUUUGGCAAGAAUCUAUUUUCGCUCCGUGGCGAAAGGUGGCGAGAUGCGAGAGCUGUACUAAGCCCCGCUUUUACUUCCAGUAAGAUGAAGGCCAUGUUUAAAUUGAUGUCCGAGUGUGCCGUCAGUUUUACUGACUUCCUUUCCAAGUUACCUGCGGACAAAACUGUUCUGGAAAUGAAGGAUUGCUUCACCAGGUACACGAAUGAUGUAAUCGCAACUUGCGCUUUCGGUAUCAGCAUCGAUUCUAUGAGGAAGCCUAACAACGAGUUUUACGUUUACGGGAAGGAGGCUACGACUUUCGAUACUCUGCGUACUAUAAAAUUCUACUUCAUUAGAAGUAUGCCAGUUAUCACCAAAAUGUUGGGUGUGAAAUUUGUCAGUGAGCACGUAGGUCGAUUUUUCAAAGAUCUCGUAAGGUACACAAUACAUACCAGAGAUACGAAAAAUAUCGUACGACCAGACAUGCUGCAACUGAUGAUGGAGACCAGAGGGAAAAGGGGAGCCGGAAGGGAAUUGACUAUCGAGGAUAUGACCUCGCAAGCGUUCAUCUUCUUCUUUGGCGGUUUCGACACUGUCUCUACCUUGAUGUGCUUCGCCGCUCAUGAAAUCGCCGUGAAACCGGAUAUUCAAGCAAAACUGCGCAAUGAAGUAGAUGAGGUUCUGAAGACAAACAAUGGAGAAUUAACCUAUGACACGCUGAAUGGAAUGCAAUAUUUGGACGCCGUGGUUAAUGAGACUCUUAGAUUGUGGCCUGUAGCUGUUGCUGUGGACAGAAUAUGUGCAGAAGAUUUUGAAUUACCUCCAGCACUGCCCGGAGACAAUCCCUACCUCUUAAAGAAAGGGGCGAACGUUUGGUUUCCUGUUUUUGGUCUGCAGCGAGAUCCAAAAUAUUUCGAGAAACCGAACGAAUUUUAUCCCGAGCGCUUCUUGGAUGAGAAUAAGAAAGAUAUAAAUUCAGCUGCUUAUUUUCCAUUCGGAAUUGGUCCAAGAAUGUGUAUAGGUAAUAGGUUUGCGUUAUUGGAGACUAAAAUUAUGUUAUUCCAUUUAUUAGCUCGUUGCGAAUUAAAAAUGUGCCCGAAAACUUCGCAUCCGUUGCAAUUGAGCAAGACAAGCUUUACCAUGCUAGCGGACGGAGGAUUUUGGCUCAAGAUUCAAGCGAGAGACAAUCCUGUAUCCUCUAACGCUGUUAAUGAUAACGCGACUAAUGGCCAUAUUUCCACGUUAUAUAACGCGUUUACAAAGCAAUCGUCGAGAGAUUUUCAAAUAACAUUCGCCAUGGAGUACUGGUCGAUAUUGUUAUCGAUUGUGAUCGGUGUGCUCAGCAUUGUUUAUCUCUUCAGAAAUUUUAAUUUCUUUAAAAGGCACGGUGUUUUGCACAUACCGCCUCUUCCAAUAUUGGGAUCAUCGGCACCGAUUGUAUUUCGCCGAACAUCAUUCAUCGAUUUCUUCGUGAAAAUAUACAAUUUCAAUCCCAACGCUAAAUAUUAUGGAUUCUACGCCACGACAAAUCCAUUCUUCUUGCUCCGCGAUCCGGAACUCAUUAAGACUGUCCUUGUCAAGAAUUUCGAAGCAUUUACAGAUCGUCGUGGUUUCGCCGAAUUGAAUGACCCCUUAUUUAGUAAAAAUCUGUUUUCUAUUCGCGGAGAAAAAUGGCGGAACGUAAGAACUCUGUUGAGCCCCUCUUUUACGUCCAGCAAGAUGAAAAUGAUGUUCACGUUGAUGUCGGAAUGUGCUGUGGAUUUUACUAAACUGCUAUCGACAAUGUCAGCAGACGAAAGUGAUAUAGACACGAAAGAUGUCUUCUCAAAAUAUACAAGUGAUGUCAUCGCCACAUGUGCUUUCGGAAUAAAGAUCGACUCCAUGAAGUAUCCGACGAACAAAUUCUUCGUUUACGGCAAGGAAGCGACUAACUUCUUAGUAGGGAGUGGCGUCAUAAAGUUUCUGUUUCUCAGAACUUUUCCGAGUCUCGGACGAAUUCUCAAUCUGAAGAUUAUAAGCGAUAACGUGACGAACUUUUUCAAGAAUCUUAUACAGACUACGAUCGCUACUCGCGAUGAACAACACAUUCGACGUCCGGAUAUGUUGCAAUUAAUGAUGGAUAUUAGAGGCAAAGAAGGUCAUAGAGAAUUGGACAUUGACGACAUGACUGCGCAAGCGUUUGUCUUUUUCUUCGGUGGCUUCGAUACUACCUCAACCGCGAUGUGCUUCGCGGCUCACGAAAUUGCAGCUAACCCAGAAGUUCAGACCAGACUACAGCAAGAGAUCGACAAGGUUUUGGAGGAAUCGAAAGGAGACGUGUCUUACGAAGCCAUUAACCAGCUCGAAUAUUUAGAUGCGGUGAUAAGCGAGACUCUCAGAUUUUAUCCACCAGUCCCCUUCUUGGAAAGACAAUGCCAAAAAUCUUGGGAAUUACCACCCGCGUUACCAAACGAGAAACCUUUCGUCAUAAAGAAGGGUAUGACGUUUUGGAUUCCAGUGUAUGCAAUCCAUCACGAUGAAAAAUACUACGAUGAUCCGGAAAAGUUUUCUCCAGAAAGAUUUUUAGACAAUAAGACGUACCAUAAUUCCUCAUGUUAUAUACCAUUUGGAUUGGGACCACGAAUGUGCAUAGCUAACAGAUUUGCCAUGCUAGAAGUCAAAGUCUUGCUGUUUCACUUGUUAGCGCGAUGUGAACUGAAACCUUCUGCGAAAACUAUGUCUCCAAUAAAAUUCCGUAAAAGUCUGCUAGUAGCGCCGGAGAAUGGAUUCUGGGUGAACAUUCAGCCUAGAAAAAAUAUGCAUCCUGUGCUGAAGUCUACAGUCUAGUGGAUGGCUAAAUCUUACAAUUGGAAAAUAUUUCUAAUAGUAAUAACGAAAAA